AUUCUAGUCUCGUUUGAGCGCCUGGUCACCGAAUGACCGCUCUGCUACCCUCUUCUCAAUACCAUGGCUAAACUGCUGAGUGUAGCAUUAGGCUUCUUGAGCCAGCCAUUCAGUCAUCUUUCCCAGCUAUCGUUCUUAGCUGAUUCUGUCUGGGUAAACAAUGGUCAGGUUAUCACCUCAGAGCUCUCCAACUCUAUCCAAGAGACCCUCGAUAUUUGGAACAUCACUGGACUAUCUGUCGCAGUUGUUCCGAGGUAUGGCGAACCGGAAUUUCAUUCAUGGGGAAACAUGACAGAAGACGGGGACAAGACAACAAAAGACACAUUAUUCCACAUGGCGUCUGUGUCCAAGGCUUUCUGUGUGAGCGCUCUCGGAAUUUUGAUGGACGACUAUGAACAUGGAAGAAACGUCACGCCGCUUCCUCCCGCUCUGUCGGAAUUUAAUUGGCACACCUUAGUACAAGAUAUGCUUCCAGGAGAAUGGCAAUUGAUGGAUGACUGGGCGUCCGAGAAAGCAAAUAUGAAGGACAUCCUCUCUCAUGUGUCUGGCCUUGCUAGCCAUGACUACUCGUAUGGACCACAUGACAGCCCGAAAGAUGAUAUCUUGCGGAUGCGCUAUCUAAGGCCAACUUUUGAACUUCGGGAACAGUGGUCGUACAACAACAAGAUGUUCACGACGGCCGCACAUAUUAUUGAAACUUACUCCGCACAAACAUACACCUCUUUUGUAGAGGAUCGAAUCUUCACGCCACUAGGAAUGACCUCUUCUACGUUUUCACCUGCAAAGGCUGGAAAGACUGGCAGAUUCACUCAAGGAUGGACUAGCAGCGGCAGACUCAUACCUGAGUGUUUUACAGAAGAGAUAGCAGCGCUGAUGGCCGGUGCAGGCGGUGUGAUUUCGAGUGCCGUAGAUAUGUCGAAAUGGGUUGCAUUGUGGCUUAACAAGGGCGUGCACAACAACGUCACAGUCAUACCGCUGUCUGUGUAUGGAAACGCAUCGCAGUCGUACUCCGUAUGCAUCGGCACCUCAGCUGAUCCCGAGCUCUCGAUUGUGGGGUAUGGGAUGGGUUGGUUUAGAAACUCUUACCUGGGCCACGAUAUCGUAUAUCACACAGGGGGGAUUCCAGGAUUCUCUACACGAGCCUCAUUCCUUCCAAAUGACGAUAUUGGGGUCGUCGUUUUUGCCAACGGUGGCAAUGAAGCAAUACCUGUGAUGAAUAUCUCCAACCGUAUAAUUGAUGUGGCUCUGAACCUGCGGUCAAAACUAUCACCACCGAUUAAACCCGACACGUCGGAGAAGAAACUAAUCACGCCUCCAAACGAAAACGUCGUUGAUUUGGAACUUGCACUUGAAGAGUUCACAGGCACAUAUUCCAACGCUGGAUAUGGCGCCAUCACUUUGUGCAGUCCUUCCAGCAGCUCCUCAUAUUGUCAAGAUGUGAUCUCCGACUUUACUGCGGUGGAGGCAGGAAAGUCGAGUGCUCCCCAGUCAGUUCAGCUAUUCGCAGCAUGGCCUCGCGUAUGGUCAUCUCAUAUUCGAGGUGUACAUCACUCCGGAAAUACGUUCGUGAUUCAGUGCAUCUCGUUAUUCCCAGAAGGAUAUGGGCGCGACACUAUACCCUUCGAGACGUCGGAGAUGGGGUCAUCCGAUACUGCGGCAGAGUUUGUUGUGGAAGAUGGAAAGGUUGUUGGGUUUGGCUUGGUCGCGCUGGUGGGCCAACUAACGAAGAGGGAGCGAACGCACACGAGUGUGAAAGACCGAGCUGAGGUUUGGUUUGAUAAGGUGUAGUGAUACAAAUGAUGUUAUGCAUUUACCCAAGUUCCUAUUAGGCUAUGACACAAUGAUCAUGCAAGUCUCGGAUGUUCUGUCACGGUCGAGGGGGGAAUGUACUACGGCGAUGAUUGAAUAUUGAAUAUUAACCAAAGGCGAAAAGUACAAGGAAUUACGCGUACGGGUUACGUGCGGCCCGUGUUUAUUGUUGGUGUUGCGAUCACGGACGUGACACUGUUGGGAGUUGCAUUUUAUACAAGCAUUCAUCGCCGACAUUGUGCGACAUGUAGUCCUAUAUAGCUACCAAUGCAUGGUGGCAUCUGAUUGCCUAUA